CAUUAAAUAUGCAUUAUUUUUUGUGAAUAAUAAUUUUUCAUAAUUUUUAGCCAAUAGAAAUUCAAUAAACACCAUUAAUUUUUUUUGAAACUUACAAAUUUUUAUAAAAUCAUACAUUGUAAAAAAUGUAUCUUUUUGAAACAUUUUUUUUUCAUAACAUACAUCUUUUAGGAACGGAGGGAAUAAUAGAUAAGUUUAUUAUGUGCCACAAAAGGGACUUAAUUUACUGUAGCCCAUUAAAAGGGUUCAAGUCCCACAAUCAACAAGAGAAAAAAAAAAUUCCAUCUGAUAAGAAUGUCUGUCAGCUUUUGACAUUUGGACUAAAGGGGAGUGGACCCCCGCUAUCACUCUCAGUUUCAAAAAUAUUCGACCAACAAGACAAUUCAACCUAUCCUACCCACUUUGUCCCAGCCUUGGUUAUUAUCUAACUCCUAAGAAGACACUCACCUACCUAACCCCACCACAGAUCGCACAAAUGGAUUCUGCAUCGUCCAAAACCAAAGCUUUAGCCCUUCCGCUUCACAUCUUAGGCUUCGAGAUUGAUGAACUGUCUACAACACGUGUCACCGGUCGUCUUCCCGUUUCUCAAAUCUGCUGUCAGCCUUUCAAGGUGUUACACGGUGGUGUAUCUGCUUUGAUCGCUGAGUCUUUAGCAAGUAUAGGAGCUUACAUGGCUACUGAUCUCAAAAGGGUGGCUGGAAUUCAACUCUCGAUCAACCACUUAAAGAGUGCCGAUCUUGGAGACAUUGUGUUCGCCCAAGCAUCUCCUGUAAGCUCGGGGAAAACCAUUCAGGUUUGGGAAGUCAAGCUUUGGAAGUCAAGAAAAGAAUCCCAUAACAAAACCUUAAUAUCUUCCUCUAGAGUCACACUCCUCUGUAAUCUUCCUACCCCUGGUCACGCCAAAAAUGUAUCGGACCCACUCAAAAUGAUCUCCAAAUUGUAAACUACAAAGCUCUCUCUCUCUCUCUAUAUAUAUAUAUCUCUGAAUACGAGUCAUUGUAUUCUAUCGUGCUAAUCACUGUAUUCUAUCUUGUUAAUGGCAUUUUUAAUUUUCACUUGUAUCGAUCACUUAUUCUAAACAUUUACCUUUUGAGAGCC